AUGGCCCACUUCCCGGAAUCAAGCGGCGACAAGGGGAGAGAACCCGAUGCCCCAAAUCCCAAUGAACGCUAUCGCGACAUGCAGGCAGAUGGCGGCAAUGCAUCGAAGAAGGCAUCCCCUCCGACCUCCAUCAAGGCCUUUGCUGCCGCUCGUCGGCGGGAGCGUGCAGCGUCCAUCAGCGACAGCGACUCCACCAGCUCUGAGAGUGAGACGGCGUCCCUCCGCCGGAUCCUGUCUCCAUCCAAGAUCAGCUACAUGAGCGACAAGUUUCCCACUAUUGACGACAGCUCUGAGAGCUCCUCUUCUGAGGAGUCCGACGAGGAUCGGGUUCGCCUCGAGCGAAAUCAACCCCAUCAGCGUCUCUACAUCGACUUUGAUUUCCUUGAGAACUUCAUCUACGCCAACCAACCGACAGGUGUCUCGGAUGAGGUAAGCUCGCCGCAAGGAGGCAACGGCAUACCUUCAUCGCCCAGGCUCAAGGCAAGACCACACCUAUUCAAGCCAAACCGAUUCAGCUUUUUCUCCUCCUCAUUGGACUCAACCAUCCACGCCCCCGAACUGGCUGACCUUGUGUUACCUGGCGAGGAAAUCCGCAACCUCUUCACCAUCCCGGAAGAUGAAGGGGGCGCGUGGUGGCUCGACUGCCAGAACGCGACCAAGGAUGAGGUGCAGAACAUAUGUACUGCCUUUGGGGUCCACCCGCUGAUCAUCGAGGACAUCGUGACCAAGGAUGCGCACGAGAAAAUCGAGAUGUUCUCUUCCUACUACCUCGUCUCCUUCCAGUCAUUCUACACCGUCACGGAGGACAAUGGCGGCGUGGAAUACGAGCCCUUCAAUAUGUACAUCCUCGUCUUCCGCGAGGGUACCUUGAGCUUCAGCUUCUCCUCAAACUCCCAUGCGCUCUACGUUCGUCAGAGGAUAACUGCCCUGAAGGAGCAUGUGUCACUGAGCAGCGACUGGAUUUGCUAUGCUCUCAUUGAUAAUAUUGUAGAUGAGUUUGGGCCAGUCAUCAGGCAGAUCGAGCACGACGUGGACACCCUCGAGGACGACGUCUUCAUCAUGAGAGACUUUGACUCGACCUCCUUCCUCCUCCGCAUCGGCCAGGUCCGGAACAACAUCAUCUCCCUGCUGCGCCUCCUCGGCGGCAAGCCCGACGUGCUCCGCAGCUUCACGAAGCGCUGCAACGAGAACUACAUCAUCACCCCGGGCAUGGACAUCGGCAUGUACCUCGACGACAUCCAGGACCACGUCGUCACCAUGGUGGCCAACCUCGGCCACUUCGAGAACAUCCUCUCCCGCGCCCACAGCAACUACCUCGCGACCGUCACCGUCAACGGCCUUAACCAGGGGUCCACCACCAACGAGGUGCUCGGCAAGAUCGUCCUGCUGACGUCCAUCUUCGUGCCCCUCCAUCUCGUCAGCCUCGUCUUCGGGAUGAACGUCCCCGUGCCGUUCGGGGGUGUUGAUGAGGUGAAUCUGGCGCCAUUCUUUGGUAUCAUCGGGGUCAUGGCAGUGAUUGGUAUUGUCGUCAUGGCCUGGGCGCGUCACAAUCGGUGGAUUUAA